AUUAAUAUUUCCGACAGUUUAAAUUUGGAUACUGUUAAGUUGAAAGCCUGCAAUUUGAAAACAUUAGAAUAUGUUUCCUAAAUUUUGUUAUAUAAGAUGUUGAAACACAUUUCAAGGGCGAUGCUUGCGUCAACAUCUAAAAUGUUAGUUGUGGCCCUGGCUGUGAUAGUUUUGCUAUAUGGACAUACGUUAGCUGAUGAUCGACAGUUUUACGGAGGGUCAAUAGGUUACUCUAUGGAACAAAAUUCUGAUGGCAAUUAUACGGUGACAGUCGACCUGAUAAGUGGAUGGGUGCUUGGUACAGGUCCAUGCGGUCCAGGCUGCAGUAGUAGUGACAUUGGUAGAUCUACCCUCUCAACUAGAUCACUGAUAACAGAAUCCGACCCAUAUCGUUUCGGAAACUUUACUUCCGAUUAUUUUGAUAGAAAAACCGACAGGACUAUAACUCAGGACAUGAGUGCGGUUGUACAUAGAACUUACAAUGAAACAGUGAUAGAUGUUAGCGAGCAGGGAAAAUGGGAACAAGAGCUUCUGCAUUUUGAAUUCAUUUUAUCUAAUAAGACGGAGAAAUUUGAUAUCAAUUUUGACGGACUUUCGUGGAGGCACUUAACUUUGCCAGCGCAACUAUAUGGUGGAAGUGUUAAAUGGCAUAUGCAGGUGAGAGUUUCAACAAAGCUACGAAGUGAUACUGGAAAGCCAAACAGAAGCCCACAGACAAUAAUUAAACCAUACUACAGGGUAAAGCUAGAAAAAGUAACGGAAAUACGAAUACCUGUUAUAGAUCCUGACGAAGAUUUAGUACAAUGCGAAAACGAAUAUUAUGUCGAGGGAGGUAUUAUUUCUACACACCCUCCACCGAACGUUCAUAUACACAAAAAUUGCACGAUAUACAUCAACGCAUCAGUAUCUAGUAAUUAUACUGAUGACUCGUGGAUUGCAGUUCCGCUCGCGCUCAGAGAUUAUACCAGAGAGAAAAUUAAAUACGGAGAUGACACUUAUUUGCCAGGCGACAUAUUUUCUCUUAGCAGCAGUCCUUCCCAGUUUAUCGUACAAGUGUUAGCAAAUUUGGCUGCCCCAGAAUUUGUCAAACCUACAUUAGAAGGGAAUCAUAACUUCAUCUUAUACCGUGAGGCAACAUGGCGAAUAGGAAUAUAUGCCAAAGCUGUGGAAAAUACCACAAUUGAUAGUUUAACGGUCAUCGGGAGACAUGGUGAAAACCUAAAAAUGUCAGCGUUACGACAAGACACGCUGCGUCCACAAGUAAAAUAUACAACAGUUUCCUGGAAGCCACCUAAUGGUGAUAGCACAAGUCAUAUAGCAUGCGUGAGAGCUGCGGAUAAUACAGGGGUGGAAUCUACGGAGCAAAGAUGUUUUAUACUACAUGUUCACGAUGAAGUGUUCAACUACACAGCAAAGGCUUUGAAGGGUAAACCUUAUUUUGCGGACAUACCUGCGCCAGAUCAUUUUGUCAGAUGCAAAGUACAAACGACAUGUGUUUUAGCACUGUAUGUAAAUUCGUCUAGCAAUAUUACAAGGAUACAAGUGACAGAAAGCUAUGUUGAAAGCUACGAAUUUAGUCCAAUAGAGCUGGUCACACAUAAAGGCGAACAGAUGUACAAAAUGGAUCUUUCUUUUGAACAUCACGUCCAUGGGAAAAACAGAAUCUGUUUCAUGGCGUCAGAUGAAAAUGGAGUAAACAGCCAGGAAAUGUGCAUAAGGAUUCAGAUAGAGCCACUUGAUCCAUGUUUAUCGGCACCAUGUCAUAAUUCGGGCGAGUGUAAAAUGAAUAUUACUACAGGCGGAUACAGUUGUAAAUGCAUACCUGGCUUUUCUGGAAAAUUUUGUGAAAUUAAGUUUGAUCCAUGUGACCCAGAUCCAUGCGACUCGACGGGUACACUUCUAUGUACCGGAUAUUCUUCUUUGCUCUGUUACUGUAAGCCGGGAUAUAGCGGACGAACAUGUUCUGAAAAUAUCAACGACUGUUUUAACGAUAGCUGCAAUGGACAUGGAGUUUGUACCGACAAAAUAAAUGGUUAUGAGUGCGGAUGUUAUGAGCGUUAUAACGGAACAAGAUGUGAACACGAUAAAUGUCCGACACAAGCAAGUGGAAUCCAAAGCUGCUCCGAAGUUGUAGAACAGGAGCUUUGUAACCCUAAUCCAUGCGGAAAAGGAAACUGUUUUCACCAUAAAAUGCAGUAUACUUGUGUAUGUCCCAUCGGAUAUACUGGAAAAAGCUGUGAAUUAGAAAUGACUACUGAUCCAUGUAUGCAGACCCCAUGUAUUAGAGGUACAUGUUUCUCCCGUUCGACAGAGUUUAUCUGCGUAUGUCCUCCUGGGUUCACUGGGCAUCUUUGUGAGAAAUCAGGACAAUCGAGUGAAGGCGGACAUGCAGUGACAUACGUGCAGGUUCAUGUCGGUAGAUUUUUUUCCUUGAAAUGCAGCAGUUCGACGAGCACUUCACACACAAGUACGGAGCACUGGACAAAAUUGAAUGCAUGUGGUGGAUAUGAUGUAUUUACUGCAACUCCUUCUCCUCAUGCCAUCCAUGCCACGUUGGAAGAUUCCGGACAGUAUAUCUGCACCUCUACUGAUAGAAAUGGUACUCCGAUCAGGAGACAUUUCCACGUUAACGUUGUAUCUGAUAAACAACAAGAAAAUUGCAAUUUCGAUAAUGGGACUUUGUGUAGAUGGAGACAAGAACACUACAGCGAUUGGUCUUUACAAAAUGGACGUACGGGAACGGGACCUGACAACGACCACACUCUUGGAACAGGCAGAGGAAAGUAUUUGCAUAUUGACUCGUCACGACCAAGAGCUCAAGGCGAGUAUGCAGCUCUCAUUUCUCCAGUCCAACCAGCAAAUCGAACAAAAUGUUUCGAGUUUUGGUAUUAUAUUUUUGGUGAUGCUACAGUAGGAUUGUCUGUUCUUUUGCAGGAUACAUGCAUACGGAAAGAGACGCAGAUCUUUAUUAAAGUAGGGUCGCAGAGUGAUCAAUGGAACAAAGCGGUCGUGACUAUCCCCAUCAAUUCCAUUCCCCAUGACUAUAAAGUUGUAGUCAAAGCUGAUGUUGGAACUACACCUCAUGGAGAUAUUGCCAUAGAUGAUUUGAUGUUAAACAAGGGACCUUGUGAAAAUAAUCCUGGUGUUCCAAUUAUCGGAUGAGGACAAAGAGGAAUAUGGUUCGUGACUUUAUCUUCAACAUGACUGAUGAUUGUGUGAAAACCUUUUGUGGACAUAUAACUUCUGAUUUAAUCAAGUCAGAACUCGAAGGGUUGUGAUUAUAUCAUGAUCAGUAAAUACAGGAAAAUGCAUUUA